AUGGCAGAUCCCAAAGCUCCACGGGUGCCUCCGGCACCACUGUACAAGCAGAAGUCAUGGUCUCCUGACAGCCACCGCGAGGAGGCGUGGUUAAAGCGGAAGAGCAGUCAUCGCCUGAGAAGCGGCCGCAGCAAGAGCGUUACGGACGAGGACUUAGAUGAACUCAAGGCAUGUUUCGAGUUAGGGUUUGGGUUUGAUUCUCCGGAUCGCAUAGAUCCGAAAUUGUCGCAGGCCUUUCCGGCUUUGGAAUUCUUUUGUGCUGUUAAUAGACAGUACAGUGAUCGAUUGUCUAGGUCUUCGUCUUUGUCGUCGACGAUGAGUUUGGACUCCGAAACGACGUCGUCGUUUGUUGCAAGCCCUAGCUCUAUUCUCGACCCAGGUGAUGAUCCGAAUAAGAUGAAGACGAAAUUGAAGCAGUGGGCACAGGUGGUGGCUUGUUCUGUGCGACAAUCUUCGCCAAGAUAA